CUCUCUUUUGCCAAGGUUAGGUCAGCGGCUCAACUAUGUCGAAUUUGUUAUGGGAAUGCCUGCAAGUGACAUUGAAUUGCUUAUGGCAUUUCGCCGUGUCGUUCGUGUACCUAGUUUUACCAUUUUGUAAGCCCCGCAAAGACGUUGCUGGCGACAUCGUCUUGAUCACCGGUGCCGGCAGUGGUAUUGGUCGCUUGAUGGCGUUAAGAUUUGCCACCUUGCAAUCAGUUGUCAUACUUUGGGACAUCGAUGAAGUGAACAACGAGAAGACGGCACGAGAAAUCCGCGACAAAGGCGGCAGAGCGUAUUCGUACACGGUAGACCUGAGUGAUAGGGACAGCGUAUACCAGAAUGCCGCUAACGUGAAACGCGACGUUGGCGAUGUUACGAUUCUCAUUAACAAUGCCGGAAUCGUGACGGGAAAAACAUUUUUAGAUUGCCCGGAUAAGCUGAUAGAAAAGACAAUGCAAGUCAACACUAUGGCUCACUUCUGGACAGUCAAGUCGUUUCUUCCGAUGAUGAUGAAACGCAACUAUGGCCACAUUGUCAAUAUCGCAAGUUCUGCAGGUCUUAUUGGUGUCUCUGGGCUGGCUGAUUAUUGUGCUAGUAAGUUUGGUGCUGUCGGAUUUGAUGAAUCUUUACGAUACGAGUUGUCUGCAAUGGGGAAGGAUGGUGUAAUUACAACCGUGGUAUGUCCAUUCUUCAUAAACACAGGAAUGUUUGAUGGGGUUAAAACAAAAUUUCCACUGCUCCUUCCCAUCAUGGAAGCAGAGUACGCCGCCAAUAAGAUUGUAGACGCUGUGCAAACCAAGCAGGCUAUGUUAUAUAUGCCGAGAAUUCUCUAUCUGUUCUUGGCACUUAAGGGGUGUGUAUAA